GGGAAGAGAGGACCGGUUCCCGGUGCAGUCGGUACCCGCCCCGGGGAUCCGCGGUACCGCUCCCGCCGUCGAGGAGAAACGGGCACACUGUGGGCAACGGCAUGGCCCGGCGCAGGGAAGGGCACGGUGGAGAGGACUGGGGUAGGAGUCUCCGUGCUGUCACCGGAUCAAUGUGCAACGUCUCCCAAGUACGGAUCCGGAUCCUCCCUCGGUAACGCGCGGCUUGGUCAUUCGCUCUUGUUGCAUUUCAACCGGGAAGACGCGGCCGCCGUUACCGAGCGCUGGCAACGAAGGCGUCGGGUGAAGGGUACGGAACCUGCCUACCUGCCUCUGAAUCCCGGUGGGUCGCCCACGGGGAAAGGGGCUGGUGGGGACGGACCACCCCCCACCUCCCCUCACCCCCGUAACCUGUCCCCGGAGCUGAUGGCGGGCCCGGCCCCGGGCUGCGGGCCCUAACCCCGAGGAAAGCCUGCACGUCCAGCCGACCUUCUGGCGCGGGGCGUUUUGGGGGGGAAUGGAGGCGAUCGCCAGUCAGAUGGGAAAUGGGAGAGAUGCAAGCUCCUCCCCAAAUUCAAAGCAAGAGCUGCAGCCCUACCAGGGCUCCAAUACCCUCAAGCCCAACCAAGUGGGUGAGACCUCUCUGUACGGCGUGCCCAUCGUGUCCCUGGUCAUCGACGGGCAGGAGCGGCUGUGCCUGGCGCAGAUCUCCAACACGCUGCUCAAGAACUACAGCUACAAUGAGAUCCACAACCGGCGGGUGGCCCUGGGCAUCACCUGCGUGCAGUGCACCCCGGUGCAGCUGGAGAUCCUCCGGCGGGCCGGGGCCAUGCCCAUCUCCUCCCGCCGCUGCGGCAUGAUCACCAAACGGGAGGCGGAGCGGCUCUGCAAGUCCUUUCUGGGCGAGCACAAACCCCCCAAACUGCCCGAGAACUUCGCUUUCGACGUGGUGCACGAAUGCGCUUGGGGCUCCCGGGGCAGCUUCAUCCCGGCCCGGUACAACAGCUCCCGAGCCAAGUGCAUCAAGUGCAGCUACUGCAGCAUGUACUUCUCCCCCAACAAGUUUAUCUUCCACUCCCACCGCACCCCGGACUCCAAAUACACCCAACCUGACGCCGCCAACUUCAACUCCUGGCGCCGUCACCUCAAGCUCAGCGACAAAACAGCCACCGAAGAGCUGUCCCAUGCCUGGGAGGAUGUCAAGGCCAUGUUCAACGGUGGCACCCGCAAGCGGACCUUCUCCCUGCAAGGGGCGGCCGCCGCCGGGCCCGGGGCCGGCUCUCCGGCCGCCAAAACCUCUCUUCACCCUCCUCCUCCCGCCGGGCCAGAGCUUGCCCCGGCACACAAAAGCCUCCGUUGUAGCGGGCAGGAGCCGACGGGCGAACGGGGGACCUUGGGGCUACCGGCGGCUCACGGCGGGGCGACGGGCGGGCACGGUGGGGCGGGCGCGGUGCGCAGUUACCCAGUGAUCCCAGUGCCCAGCAAAGGCUUCGGGAUGCUGCAGAAGCUGCCGCCGCCUCUUUUCCCUCAUCCUUACGGUUUCCCCGCCGCCGCUUUCGGACUCUGCCCCAAAAAGCAGGAGGACGCGCUGGGGGGUGCGGGAGGCGGUGAGGCGGGCAAGGGUGGUGCGUUACCACCCGGCAUGUUUUGGGGACCCCCCCAUCCACACCCGCACCAACCGGCCCAACCUCCGCACCAGCCCGGAGCCGCCAAGGACACCGGGGUCUACCCAUCCUUCCCCGUCUUCUGGCCGGCCGCCGGCAGCCUGCCCGUGCCGCCCUACCCGGCGCAGAGCCAGGCCAAGGCGGCGGCCACGGCCGUGGUGGUGGCGGCUGCGGCAGCGGCGGCAGCUGCAGCGGCAGAACCGCCCGGUUUGUCGGGCCGGCACGGAGAGCUGGAAGGCUCGGAGCCGUCGGGGAGCGGGAGGAGCAGCGCUACCCCCCAGGAGGGAGCCGGGGCGGAGGGAGAGCGUUGUCCCAGCGCCUUGUCCCGGGCGGCGGGUGAAGAGGAGCGCUCCGGGGAUGAAGCGCUGCUUCCCCCACUGCCCCUGCCCAGGAAGGGCAACUACCUCUCCGCUUUCCGUCCGGUGGUGAAGGACGCCGAGAGCAUCGCCAAGCUGUACGGGACCCGGGAGGCAUACGGCGGCGGCGGCCCCCGCGGCCCCGGUUAUCUCUCUCCGGACUUCCUCAGCGAAGGCAGCUCCAGCUACCGAUCGCUCUCGCCUGGGGGGGACACGGCCGAGGAGCCUGAGGUGGAUGUGGAGUCCAACCGCUUCCCGGAAGACGAGGAAGAGGAUGCUGCUGCCGCCUCUGCCCCCGCCGAGGGACGGGAGCCGCCGCCUCCCCGGCUGCUGGACGGUACCGAGGACCCUCCUCCGUCCUCCACAGCCGAUGGACCCGAGGAGAAGGGAGGCGAGCCGGCGGUGCAGGAGGGAGGGCAGAACCCCGACGGCAGCCCGGAGCGGAGCAACAGCAGGGAAGCCUACGAGGUGUACGCGCCGGAGAGGGGGGAGCACCUGCAGCCGCUGAAGACAACGGCCUCGCUAGGACCCCCGCUCCCGUUCCUGUGCACCCCGGAGGCGAAGGAGCAAGAUAAAGAAGACAAUCACUCCGCGGCAGAGGAUUUAGAGACCAGAAAAUCCUAUCAGGACCAAAGGAAUGUCUCUCAUCCCAGCCCUGUAAAUACCGACAGAGCAGACGAAGGCCUCGGCAUGGAUGUCGCCGGGACGCAGCUGGUGGAAAAGGACAUCGAAAAUUUGGCCCGAGACGAGUUACAAAAACUGGUCCUGGAGCAAAUGGAGUUAAGGAAAAAGCUGGAGAGGGACUUCCAGAGCCUGAAAGAUAACUUCCAGGACCAGAUGAAGCGGGAGCUGGCGUACCGGGAGGAGAUGGUGCAGCAGCUGCAGAUCGUCCGAGACACGCUGUGCAACGAGCUGGACCAGGAGAGGAAAGCGCGCUACGCCAUCCAGCAGAAGUUGAAAGAAGCCCACGACGCGCUGCAUCAUUUCUCCUGCAAAAUGCUGACCCCGCGGCACUGCACCGGGAACUGCUCCUUCAAGCCGCCGCUGCUGCCCCAGUGAGACUCUCCCUGGACCCGCCCUGGGACCCCUCCCUAUCCUCCGUCCCCCGAAGCCAUGCGGGCAGAGCCCACAUAAGCCAUUUCCACGAGGAGACAACUUGUACAUAGAGGAUUUGGAGCCCGGUUUUCCUCGGACUGGCAAUAGGGCGGGGAGGGGGAGUCGGGACCCCCCCAAACUGCUCCCUAAGCCCUUCACCCCGCUCCGCCUACAGUUCUCUUCACUCCUCCCGCUCCCCAAUCCCUGUGUGUCCGCUUCUUCAUCUCUUGUCCAGACUGGAAACAAAAGUGGCUAUGUGCAAUGGAUAUAAAUGUACUGUGAUUCUCUUGGUACAGUAUUUGUUGGAUCUUUAUUUAUUUAUGAUGUAUACUUAUUCCCUCUAUCCCCUCUCCCCCCCAACCCCGGGCCCUCACCUCCCUCACCACUCCCCCCUUGUACAUUUCUGGAUGUAACAGCACUUUAACGGGGCUUUAUUGCGACUCUGGAGCCAUCCCAACGCUCAGCCCGCUCCUGGGAAGAGACCCAUGUACGGGAUUUUGGUUCUUUAAUAAAAACAGACUUUAAGAAGCCGCCUACUCCAUGGAGCUGUCCCGGGACGGGGGUGUCCCCCUUUCCUAGCCCCGAGGUUGAGCCACAACAGGGUGGGGGCUGCCUA